UUUUGUAUCUACAUUUUUAACACAAUUGGAGAAUGCAGUGUAUCCAGACGCCCGUUAUUCUGAUGUUGUUCUGGUUUCUCAGUAAUUAUUUCGUAUCAUCUAGAUAUGUCAAGGAUACAGAAAUAAAACAGGAUUCUAUUGAUAAUGUACCAGUUCUGAAUCAUGGACCUGUUGUUGAACAAGUUGGAAAUAGAAAUUUUACAUUGGAUUACUUCUUUGGUCUGGGAUUGGGAUUGGGAUUGCAUUUUGGAUCUGUCCUGGGACAGGAGGGAUGGGAUGGGGGGAGGGGGGAUGGAGCAGGAUUAAUAGGAUGGAAUGGAAAGGAGGACGGAUGGAAUUGGUAAUGCUACAGAAUUUAAUUACUUGUUAAUAGUAGUUUAAAAUAUACUUAGAGUUACAUUUC